AUGGCACCACAAAUUCUCGUUAUUCAAGCUAGAGAAGAACGAUUAGUAGCGACAAAAAACCUUGACUCAAAUGCCAUCGAUGGCCCAUUUUAUAUACGAGAAACAGAUUUUGAUAAAUAUUUUGUAUUUUGUUCAUUGACAUCUCGCAUUAAUCAAUCUAGCUUCAGUUACUCGACAAUUGAAUUUGUUGAAUUGGGAACAUUUUUAAUAUCAACUGUUUAUGAAAUAGACGGAAAUGAAAAUUCUGAGGAUAAUUAUUUGAUUAAUGAUAAAACAUGGAAACGGUUACAUUAUUGUCUAUAUACAUACCGUUUGCAAUCGGUACAUCAAACAGACUCGAAAAUAUAUCCUCAAUCAUGUCAAUUACUGGUGCAUUUCUUAGAAAACCAAGUCGUAUUACAAAUGUUCGGAAAUGAUGCAAGAUGCAUAUUUCAUCCGGAUAAUGAAAAUUCAACAUUGAUUGCAUCAGAUAUCGUUCACAUAUUUAUUGAAAGAAUAGAUCCUAGUAGUAAUUCAAAACGAGCAUUUGGUGUAACAUUUCAUAAAACUCCCUUGUACAAUAUUCAAGUUAGUGAAGGAAAAUGGGUCAUUAUUUCAACUAAAACUGCUUAUUAUGUCAGUGAUAAUUGUAUAUUAAAAACAAUUGAUCAAAAACGUUCGAGACAAAAUAUUGUUCAUGUAAAACCAACAGAUACAGUUCUUAUUUACGAAGAAGUGAAUGAUUAUAGAACAGCAAUAUACAAUGCUGUUUCUCAAUAUACCACUGUUUUUGAUCGUUCUCAAUAUUUGUAUAAAGAAAAUGAGAAUAUUAUUCAUUUAGGAAAUGAAAGAUUUAAAAAAGAGAUAGACAAUGAAAUAUAUUUAACAGUUUCAGCCUACGCAAAUCGUAAAACUAUUUUGCGUCAAUGGUUUCAAAUGUCUGAACUAGGUUGUGUAUUUCCAUCAACACAAACGAUUACCUAUGUAACAAAAUGUUUAGAAAAUAGUGUUAUUCGAACUAUUUUUGAUGAAAACAUGAAAUUACCCGUUAAAUUACAAACUAUAUUACCGGUAGGUUAUUAUCAAAUUGUUUACGAAACUAUUCUAUGUUUUUCUCAGUUCAAUUUUCAACUUAAUCGAUAUGCUGUCGGAUAUGAAUCAGUCAUAACUUAUAAUGUUCAAUUUUGGAAUAUGCCAUCAUACGCUAAACAUUUAAAUCCAGGAAAUAUUUGUGAUGCAUUAGAACGAUGCGAAUGUGUAACUUCAUUGACAUCGAUACAAUAUCCAAUUGCAUGUGCUGAUGUUACUAGAGGAUCUCGUCUUGCUUAUGAAAGAAGUGUAUUAGUUGUUCAUAGUAUGUUAGAAAAUUUUCCACGAUUGUCCGAUAAUGACUUGAAAAUAUUCAAAAUUCUUACCAAUCCACUACCACGUAGUAAGCGAAUCUUUGCUGGACCAUAUCUCAGAUUACAGUUAAUGAUUGAUUUUGGGAUCUUGGUCACUAUUCGAGAACAGAAUGAUCAGCUUCUAUCUUAUCGUCACUUGAUACCAACGAAGAAGCGAGAUAAUUACUAUGCUUAUAGGUCGAAUGAUAUCGAUCUUCAAUUCGGUGAAGAUGAACGAGCAGCGCGUACACUAAAUUUGUUGGUCGCACAUGAGCAACAACGACGUCAUGGCAUAUUUGUUACGCCUGAUAAUGAGCGCCCACAAACAAAAGGAGAAGACAAAACUUACAGCAGCUAUGAUCAAGUUACAAGUUUAGUAUCGUCCACAUUUCUUUCAUCAAGCGAUUCUUAUCAAAAUAUUCAAUAUUCGUUGCGCUCGGGUAGUCUAAUGACAAGUUCGCCGAUGUCAUCCGACAGUACAGUUUUGAAACAUACUGUCAAUCAAUUGGUCAAAAGUUUUAAAGAUAAUAAAAAAGAACUACCUGGACCUCAACAAUUGUUUCCUCAACGUGAUAAACGAAAUUCGAUAAGAAAACAACCGUUCAUCAUUCCCAGAAUAGAUAUCAAAGAAUCCAUCACUACUCCUAAUGAAUUGCUAUUACCAGUAAUUGAGUCGCCGUACAUGUUACCGUUAUUAUCCACAACAAAUUUAUUACGAUCUGACCAAACGUGA